CAGCCAUCUAGAUACCCAUACGAUACUGUCAUGUUUCAUCCGUUGCGUACCCUGCUAUCACGUGUACCACGACAUCCAAGUCCGGAACAAACCCAAUUGGUUGCGUUUUGGAGCUCUGCCCGGGCAAAAACAGCGCGAUGCAUGGCUUCUGUGGAGUCGAAGCGAUUUGAACCUACAUGGAGAGUGGUUUGGGGCAAAUUUCUUAAGAGAAGCGCAUGGCAACAGACUAUGAAGAAAUACAACUUGGUAGUCGGAAUCGUCGGUUGGGAUUUGCAGUCUGUCGCUAUGGACGACGUAAAGAUGGACAAGCUCGUUGCGCUCCUCCUCCCAGGCGAGGCUCAAGUACCCGCAGGAUUUAGGGAAGACUUCUUGAAGUGUCUUCGGCCGCACGUGGAAAAGAAAAAAGACGAGCUCUACUUUCCGGAAUGGAGGCUGACCCUUAAUAUCUCAUCCCUCCGUGAUGGAGAUCGAAUCGUUAUCAGUCGCCCCCAUCUUCUAUUCUCACUCCAGGACUCGCUCCAAGGCGCCUUGAAAACCGCCUUUCUAUUUUAUGAUGGGGAGCCAACGCUAUGGGAAAUUGGUGGUGGUCACAUCGGCGGGCUAUGUGAUAGCGGUCGAACACCGAGAACGACCGGCGAGGUGAAGGACGUGUGUUCCAUUCUGCUGUACGGGAAAGCGGGCCGAAUGCGUUAUCAUAGGUUUCAGCGACCAGGCUGUCCAGCUGUGCGAGAGUUUGUCUCUGUGGAUGACGGGCUUCCUAUCGGACCUUGGAGGUUUGAAAGGCCCAACGCGUUGGCUUGAAGCAAUCAGCUGAAAGGGGCACAUAUUUAGGUUGGCUGACAUGGCGGAGCGUCUUGAAGCGCAGUGUUCCGACUUGACAUGCGACCGCAUGCGCCUCUCACAUUCACUUCACUUUCCCACCUACCAUGGCCAGAACAGCAGGAGCAUGUGCCAUGCUUCGUAGUCGCUCAUAGUCGACUACUCACAAUCACUCUACUAUAUAGGAAGCCAAGCUUCAAUCGAACGUCACAC